AUGGCUCCCAAGGUCUUUUUGACUGGCGUGACAGGCUACAUUGGCGGAGACGCCUUCUAUGCUCUGUAUGAGAAGCACCCUGACUAUGACUAUGCCCUCCUCGUUCGUAGUGAGGAGCGCGCUGCUCCCGUGAAGAAGGCAUUUCCUCACGCCAACAUCCGCAUCGUAGUCGGUAGCCUUAGCGAUUCAGACAUCAUCGAAAAGGAGGCGGCUGCCGCCGAUAUCGUUGUCCACACCGCCGAAUCCUCAGACGACGUGCCUUCAGCUAAAGCCAUCGCCAAGGGUCUCGCCAAGGGCCAUUCACCUGAAAAGCCAGGUUUCUGGAUCCACGUCUCGGGCACUGGUAUUUUGCAAUGGUAUGAUCAGAAGCAUGAACGCUACGGCGAAGCUCCGGUCCCAGACCAAGACUACCACGAUAUCCGCGACAUCGACCGUCUUCUCAACCUUCCCGACGAGGCCCUCCACCGCAACGUCGAUAAGAUCGUCCUCGCUGCAAACUCACCGGCUGUCCGCACCGCCAUUGUCUCGCCUCCUACGAUAUACGGCCAGGGCCGGGGGCCCCUCAACCGCCGCUCCAUCCAGGUCCCCGCUCUCGCUCAAGCCACCCUGGAGAAGGGUUUCGCUCCCAUCAUCGCGCCUGGAAAGACGGAAUGGGACAAUGUCCACGUCCACGACCUGUCGACAUUCUUUACGCUUCUCGUUGAGGCGACGCAGGAUGGCUCGAAGAACUCUGACCCCGAAGUUUUUGGUCCCAAGGCGUACUACUUUGUCGAGAGCGGUACACACGUCUGGAGUGAAGUCGCCAAGUGGAUUGCAGAGGAAGCGCACAAGCAGGGAUACCUUCCCGCGCCGCUGACCAAGGAUAUCACGAUGAAGGAGGCGCUCCAGUCCGAGGGCGUGUCGAACAACAGCUGGGGUCUGAAUUCGAAGAGCAAGGCGGAGCGAGCGCGCAAAUACUUUGGCUGGGAGGCCAAGGGUAAGAGCUUGAAGGACGAUGUGCCAGAGUUGAUCUCCUUGGAGGCGAAGAGGUUGCAUUUGAAGCCGCAUGAGAAGCAGUGA